CGGCGGAGGGGGGGGGGGGGGGGCGGGCAGCAGCCGGGGCGGGCGGCGGCACGGAACGGCUCGGGCUCGGCGCGGAACGGAACGGUUCGGUACGGAACGGCCCCGAGGAUGGCCGCCCCCGAUAGCGGCAGCACAGGCGGUGUGAUCAGCUACGUGGGCUCCAGCGCCUCGUCGCCCAGCCGCACCAGCCCCGUCUCGCUCUGCAGCGACAGCUCCAGCGGCAGCUCCCAGCCCUUCCCCUCCUACUUCCCCCCGUCGCCCACCGGCUCCCUGCAGGACUCCCGUGCCUACGGGGGGGGCUCGCUGCCCCCCCACGAGGACGGCUCCCCUUCUUCUUCGUCCUCUUCCUCCUCCUCCUCCUCCUACGGCUCCUCGGCGAGCUUCCCCGGUGUGCCGCCGGUGCCGGCGGACGAGCGGCGGCGCAGCUCGCCCAGCAAGAGCGGCAGCACCGUCACCAAGCUGAACGGCAUGGUGCUGCUCUGCAAGGUCUGCGGGGACGUCGCCUCCGGCUUCCACUACGGCGUCCACGCCUGCGAGGGCUGCAAGGGUUUCUUCCGCCGCAGCAUCCAGCAGAACAUCCAGUACAAGAAGUGCCUCAAGAAUGAGAACUGCUCCAUCGUCCGCAUCAACCGCAACCGCUGCCAGCAGUGCCGCUUCAAGAAGUGCCUGCUGGUCGGCAUGUCCCGCGACGCCGUGCGCUUCGGGCGCAUCCCCAAGCGGGAGAAGCAGCGGAUGCUGGCGGAGAUGCAGAGCGCCAUGAACGGCAUGGGGAGCCCCCCGCCGGGGGGGCCGAGCAUUGGCGAGGGUCCCGUGCCGGGCGGGGGCCACGCGCUGCCCCCCGGCCCCCCGCCGCUCGUCCCCCCCGCCUGCUUCUCCCAGUUCCCCCAGCAGCUGACGCCCCCCGGUUCGCCCGGCCCUGGGGGGGCCACCGAGGACGUCAUCGCGCAGGUGGCCAAGGCGCACAAGGAGAUCUUCGUCUACGCUCACGACAAGCUGGGGCCCCCCCCGGCCUGCGACAGCGGCGUCCUGCGCUGGGACGGCCCCCCCGCCUGGGCCCCCGGCCCCCCCAAGCCCCGCUUCUGCCCCGCCGCCUACCCCGAGCCCCUGGCGCGGGGCUGCCCCUGGCCCCGCGGCCCCAAGGACGUCCUGCCGGCCUGCCCCAUGAACAGCCACCCGCCCGGGCGCAGCGGGCGCUCGGUGCAGGAGAUCUGGGAGGACUUCUCCCUCAGCUUCACCCCCGCCGUCCGCGAGGUGGUCGAGUUCGCCAAGCACAUUCCCGGCUUCCAGGCCCUGUCCCAGCACGACCAGGUCACCCUGCUCAAGGCCGGCACCUUCGAGGUGCUGAUGGUGCGCUUCGCCUCGCUGUUCAACGUGAAGGAGCAGACGGUGACGUUCAUGAGCCGGACGAAGUACAGCCUGGAGGAGCUGUGGGGCAUGGGCAUGGGCGACCUGCUCAGCUCCAUGUUCGAGUUCAGCGAGAAGCUCAGCGCCCUCGACCUCAGCGACGAGGAGCUGGGGCUCUUCACCGCCGUCGUGCUGGUCUCGGCAGACCGCUCGGGCAUGGAGGACGCGGCGUCGGUGGAGCAGCUGCAGGAGACGCUGAUCCGCGCCCUGCGCGCCCUGGUGCUGAAGACGCACCCGGCCGAGACCUCGCGCUUCACCAAGCUGCUGCUCAAGCUGCCCGACCUGCGCACCCUCAACAACCUCCACUCCGAGAAGCUGCUCUCCUUCCGCAUCGACGCCCAGUAGGGCCCCCCCCCACCCCCGUGCCCCCCACCUGCCCCCCCCGUGCCCCCCCCAGACCCCCCAGGACCCUGUACAUAGCGCGGGGGCGGC